UAUGUUUUAUUUAAAUUUCAACGGUCGCGCAAAAACACUCAAGUCUUUAUUUAGCUAAAAAUAAUUAAAAACUAAUUACUAAAAAAUCAAUAAUUAACAUAAAUAUCAAAUAAUCAUUUAAAUCUAAAUAUUUAAAAAAUAUAAAAAUGGAUUUUUCACCAGAGUCCGUUCAUUCUCUUCUGACUGAACUAGAGUUCCCAGUUUCCAUGGAAGAUCUUAAAAAUCCAACGGAAUCAUUCAUGAUUAAAUUUAUCACCGAAUUAUUCCAACGUUUUCACAUCGACGUUGGAACUCUAACUCAGCUGGCAUUUGACCAAGUUGACGUUUUGAAAGUAACCGGAGAACAAAACGCGUCACAUAUCGUCUGUUUAUUAAAUUUAGCAGAAGUGAUUGGAAUAAUUGGUGAGAAAAUAUUCGUGAAAGACUUUUCCGUAACUGAUAUCACAUCACCAGGAUCCAAGCGUACCCGUAAGAUUCUCAAAUUUCUCGCCAACUUUACCCUGUACGCGCAAAAUGCUUCAGCUAAAUUGCAAGAGGAGACGGACAAAAUAUUCGCAGAAGCUGAGCAAAUUGAAAACACCAAGAAGAGAACUGAAGACAUUAAAGAAAGAAUGAACAGUCGUGCUGCUGAGAUGGCAAUCAUGAUCGCCCAGACAGAAGCUAUGGACAAAAAGGCUGAGGAAAUUCGCGGCAGGUUGAAAAAGAGACAGGAGAAUAUUGAUAAAGUUUGUAAGCAAAAUGCGAAGCUGCAGAUCAAGACUAGCAAGCUUGAAGAAAUAGCGAAAAAUAAAUACAUUGAUGUCAAAAAAUUGGAGUCUACUGUCGAGCAAUUGAAGACUAAAAUAGUCGCUGACCCAAAUCAAGACCAGUUGAGACUUCAGGAGCUGGAGAAGGAACGUGAGGAUAAGGAAGAAAAGAGGAUAGCAAGUGAGGAAGCAAUUCAGCAAAAGAAACCGAUGAUUCAACAUUUUGAAAAACUUUUACUGUUUAUUGCUCAGCUGCACAGUAAACUUCCUGAUACAUUCAAAUUUCAGAAACGUCUAAUGGAAGAAUCAAAACGCUUUGAAGUAUUGGAUCGUCAGCUACAAGAACUAAAGGAAGCAAUCAGCGUUGAAGAAAAAUUAUUCCACGAAAAUGAUGAAGCACUACUGCAAGAAGAGAUCAAGAAAUAUGAAGCUGAGCAUGAAAGCAAUCUUGUGAAGCUUCGCAACACCCAGACGAAAUUAAUAAAUGAAAAAAAAAUUCUGGAAGAAAAAAUAGCUGACAUGAAAACUCAGCAGUUGGAGUUUUUGUCUGAGCUGGACAAAGUUAAGAUAAAAAUAGCAGAAAGUGAAAAUAAGACUAAAGAAUUUUUGAAACAGUCUCAGGAUUUGUGCAACGAAGACAUCAGAGACUUCGUCAAAGAACGACUGGAUUAUGUUGCCCAAUUAGAAGCACUAGUGCAUCAGGCAGAUCCAGAAUCUCCAGUUUAAGUAAACAGACAUUUUCUAAAUCGCGCGGGAAUUUUUUGGCUCCCGGACAGUCAGGAAUCACUAGGAGUUUAAUAAUACAUUUUUUUUCAUAUCCAGUAUUAUAUUUUCUUUCUUUUUUUUGGAUAUAUUGCUUGUUAAUUUUUUUUUUUUAAUACAGUAUUAAUAUAAUUUUUUUUUAUCUUUCAUCAGUUUAUUAUUUAUUUAAUUAAAUAAUACUGGGUAACAUUAAUCGCGUUAAUUAAAAUAACUGUGAUAAUUAUAAUAAUAAUAAUAGUUUACAGUGGAAUGAUCAAAAAGGAAUUGAACAGUAAAUUAUAUAAUUGUGCAGUAAAUCAAGAGUUGAUUAAUUUUUUAAAUUUUUUGAAACCAUAAUUAAAUUAAGUACAAUUAAAAUAUAAUCUUGUAUUGAAAUAAUAAUUAUUUUUACUUUAUUAUUAUUGCGGACAAAAUUUCAAGGAUUUUUUAAUUAUUGAGUUGAUAAUUAUGCAGUAAUUUCAUA